AUACACUCGAAAAAAGAAAAAAAAAUGUUUACCGAGGAAAAGAAGAAAAACACCAACUAUGGAUCAAUACUUGUCUACUGCUUCUUCUGUCUUGUUUUGGUUGUGGGAGUAGUAAGAUUUGCAAAACCUUAUUACAACCUACAAAACCUAAUGGAGACAGAAGCAGUAAUGGAAGAAGGAUUGUUGGACGUGGAUAAAUCAGGAAUGCUUCCGUUUAUCUUCAGGAAUCACCACAAGCUCUCGACAACAGUAAGGGAAGAGACGAGAACUCGUCCUCCACUCUCCUACUUUGUGAAGUUCGAAUCUUUUGCCACUAUGUCGAACCUGGUCAAAGGCAACGGUGACAAGUACGAGUCACGUCCUUUCUCAGCUGGUGGAUACAAUUGGACGUUCCUAAUCUACCCAAAUGUGGACAAGCCAGUGGGCUCGGGUGGAUACGUUUCGCUUUACGUAAAAAUCGAUAACUCAAGCCUCAUCACCACUCAAAACGAAGUCUAUGCGUGGAUCAAAUUCCUCACCUACAAAAGCACUACAGACACGUACCAUGAGCUCCAUGCGACUGAGGCGCAGAGAUUUCAUUUGUUUAAACAACAGUAUGGAAUGCUAACCUUUCUUGAGAUCGGGUAUUACCAAAAUCCGGUACAUGGAUUCAUUUUCAAUGGCGAACAGUGUGUGUUUGGCGUUGACAUUGUGGUUUCUAAACCAUCUGCAUGGGAAGAUGCUUCUUAUGAGCAAAACAUUCGUGACCCUGUUCACGAUUGGACAAUCACCGACUUCUCUAUCCACGAUCAUGUCUCUUACACUUCUGAUACGUUUUCUUCCGGAGGAAGAAACUGGGUAUUGAAAGUUUAUCCAAAUGGAGUCGGGUCUGCAACGGGUAGUUCCUUGUCACUCUACUUGUUGAGUGCGUCAAACGAAAAUGGUUACGUGAAAGCCAAGUUAAGAGUUAUUGACCAGAAAGGAUCCAACAAUGUGGAGAAACAAGUGGAGGGAUGGCCAAAUGCACAAGAAAACGGAUGGGGUGUCGACAGCCUUAUACCUCUUGCAGAUCUCGAAGACCCGGACAAAGGUUACCUCGUCAACAAUAUCAUCAAAUUUGAAGUAGAGAUUUUGGCCUUCUCUAGAACCAAAUCCAUCUCUAACUAGGCAUUACGAUAAUCCCAAAAUUAUCACUUGUACGUGUGUUGUUUUUCCUAUAAUAAUCCAACGGGGAUAGUUCCACGGGUGGCCAAGUGAAUUACUAUCACGGGUGGCCAGUUACUGAGUCACUCUGUUUAUGUUUCAGUGCAAUAAUAAAGAGUCCGAGUUUUUUUU